UACGAUUACAAAGUAUAACGGUUCGCAUCUUAGCGAAUAAAUUUAGAAUUUGUCAAGAAAAAAUAUUCAAUUUCUACAACUUUGGAAUGAGAUCGGAGUAGUAUAUACCUUUCAUUUCGCUAAGUUAUAUUAAAUAAAUCAUAAGACAUGGAAACUUUAUUGAUGAACGUAAAGAUUAGCUGACAGGAAUAGAUUAUUUUUGUUGUCUUGGAAGUCACCCCACCCACAACUAAGAAUGGUUCACAAGUACCAAUCCCCUGUGAGGGUUUACAAACACCCCUUUGAAAUCGUUAUGGCGGCAUAUGAAAAGAGGUUUCCGACAUGUAAAAUGAUCCCAGUAUUUCUGGGUAGUGAUAUUAUAGAAGAAUAUAAGAGUGAAGAUGGUGCUAUACAUGAUGUAGAGAGACGAUGUAGGUUAAAUGUUGAUGCUCCCUAUCUGUUGAAGAAGAUUGUUGGUGUUGAUCAUGUGAUAUUCAUACAAAAGAAUUGUCUCGAUAGACGAAACAGAACACUUAAAAUAUAUGCACGGAAUGAAAGCUUCUCAUCUCGUAUUGUUAUCAACGAAACUUGUACAUAUUCUGUGCAUGAGGAGAAUCCAGACUGGACGUGUUUUGAGCAGGAGGCUAGUCUAGAUAUUAAGUCUUUCUUUGGGUUUGAGAAUACAGUGGAGAAGAUUGCUAUGAAGCAAUACACACAUAACAUCAAAAAGGGGAAAGAAGUCAUAGAGUAUUAUAUAAAUGAGUUAAUAAAGGAAGGAGUUACUGAUCUACCACGUUGGAGAAGCUUGUUACCGUCCAGCCAGGCCCAGUCAGACCAGCAGUCAUCCCAGGAUAGUGGUGUGAGGUCAAGGUCAAACAGUGUAGUCAGCAAUACUAGUCAAAACAGUCAUAGUAGUCAGAGUAGCCUGAUAUUAGGUGCAACGGCCGCGUCCAUAACCACACCUGUUGAAGCAGAGCCAGUACAGUGUCAUGUUUUAGCAGAGACGUCGGGUAAACUUGACGCAGAUUAUAUAGAGAGAUUCCUCGGUCACCUGACACCUGUUGAAGAAAGUCAGCUUGUACAACUCAGACAAAUUAUACAAAAAACUCAUAAAGGAAAGAUACCUAAAGAUGCACAUAUACUUCGUUUUCUACGUGCACGAGAUUUUAACAUGGAGAAAGCACGGGAGAUGCUGGCUCAUUCCCUGGCUUGGCGUAAACUUCAUAAUAUUGAUCAUCUUCUACACACAUACAAACCUCCAGAUGUGUUGGAGAAAUAUUACACGGGAGGCUGGCAUUAUUCUGAUAAAGAUGAUCGACCAUUAUAUGUACUCAGACUUGGACUAAUGGAUGUUAAAGGCUUAAUGAAGUCAGUUGGGGAAGAAAAUUUGCUCAAACAUGUAUUAUGGGUAAAUGAAGAAGGUUUACAGAGAGCUAGUGAAGCUACAAAACAGAAAGGACAUCCUGUCAGUGCUUGUACCUGUAUAGUAGAUCUGGAGGGUUUAAGCAUGAGACAUUUAUGGAGACCUGGUAUCCGAGCAUUGCUCCGUAUCAUCGAAACCGUUGAGGCUAACUACCCUGAAACAAUGGGUCGGUUAUUGAUUGUUCGAGCACCUCGGGUAUUCCCGGUCUUGUGGACACUCAUUAGUCCAUUUAUUGAUGAGAAUACAAGUAAAAAGUUCAUGAUAUAUGGUGGAAAUGAUUAUCAAGGCCCUGGUGGUCUUGUGGACUUCAUAGACAAGAAAUAUAUUCCUGAUUUUCUUGGCGGAGAAUGCUACUGUGAUGUACCGGAGGGUGCUCUAGUACCUAAAUCUCUAUAUAAAGAAGAAUAUAUGGACAGAUCUCCUGAUGAACAACCUCUAAAUGUCGCCAACAGUCUUUAUCAGACAGCCCAUAUUAUAAAAGAUUAUCCUCAUGAGGUACUAAUUCAAGUUCCGCAACGUGGCUGUGUAGUGACAUGGGAUUUUGACAUAUUGAAGGGAGAUGUGUCAUUUACGGUGUUACGAACAAAGCACACGUUGAGUAAAGAGGAACAUCAUAUUCAUCAUAUCAGUGGUUUACCUGUCAGUACUCAAAUCAUUGAUAAAAACAUGCAGGUCGGGCGUGAUAUGAGUAUAGUCGAACCACCUCAUAUAUGUAGGGAUGGGGAUAGUGUUCAGGGGUCACAUGUAGCUAGUGAAUCAGGCACCUAUAUUCUACAAUGGAAAUAUUUUGACUCUACAAAAGCUUCCUUUGAAUUCUCCUUGACAACACACAAGUCAAAGGUCAUGUAUCACACAGAACUUCUACAGUCAGCAACUUUUAGAGGAUCCAUGGCAAGUCUACAGUCAAGUGCCAGUGGGUUUUCUUCUCUCAGUAUUGGGACAAAACAGAGUUUACCGAUGGCAAGAAAACAUUGAUACAAGAUUGUAUCUUUGUGAUAUGGGAAUGAAACUAACAGUAUACAAUGCAUAUCUUAGUCAAUUUAUAUAUACGGGGAACAUGUUUGUAACUAUUUAUUGUGGUGUGUACAAGUGAAAAAGUAUGUGGAUUUAUGUCUGACUUUUGUUUGAAGAAUGUCGUAUUUGGUACAUAUUUAUGAUUGUAUUUUAUUUCAUUCUUUUAUUAAUAUAUCCUGUGCCAAUUAUCAUCCUGCAUGAAGUCCAGGAACGCUCUUGAAAAACUAAUGAAAUACUGUUAAAAGCUGAAUCCAUACUCAUAAGUGUAAAUUUAUCUCCAUUGCUAAGUUGUUUAUCAUAAAUUCUUUAGCAUUGCCAUUAAUGAAAGUUGGUUUGAACCCAAGACUCCUGUAUUCCAUGUCCUGAUCUGUGUGUAAAUAUGGCCUGAAUAUCGAAUGACCUAAAAUUUAUUGCAUGUAAAUUUGUCAAUUUUUUUUUUUUUUUUUAAUUAAAUGAUAAAUACAGGCUAUACUUGGCACUAAUCUUACUCAAUAAAUAGAGAGCAACUUAUCAUAGGGUUGUGAUGACUCAUCAAUAUACUCAGGUAUAAAAUAUGACAUGUCCCUCAAUUACAUUUUGUAUUAUACACACAGAGUUGGAGGUCUGAUUGAAGACAUUUUUGCUGCUCCACUGGUCAAACUUCUGUGGUGCGUAUAGUUGCUGGCUUUUCUUUCUUCAAUUCUACCAUCCCGCUCACUAUUUCUCAAAUUUACUGAUAUUUAGCAUUCUGUUACCUACUAUAGAUCUCAAUGUUGGAUCAAUGAGGUCAAGGUAAAUAAUUUUAUUGAGGCUAAAAAAAAGAUUUUCCUAAUUUUCAACAAACAUAAAGUAAUGCCAUGUCAUGAAAAUAACUAUGUGUCCAUGGUAGUUAUAAACAAUAUUCUUGUAGAUUAGCUAACCAUCAGCCUUACCUUUUGAAUAAUACAAUUUUAAAAAGAAAAGUCUGGUUAUUUUCCUAAAUGUUCAAACAUUAAACAGAUUUAUAUUGAACAUGGUUAAGUAUUAAGCCUCUAUUUAAAAUAUUAUUUCUCUCUAAACAGACUGCUCUUGAAAACGGUUUUACUAUAGUUAGAAACUGUUCAUGUUCCUCAUUUGUAUAACUUAAUAUUUUUUUGAAAAAAAAAACAACAAUAUGUUCGUAAGAUAUUAAUAGAAUUCAACAUUAUAGAACUCAACAUGUAUGUCUGUAUAUAUAUUUCUUUUUUGAAAAUAAGCUUUUUUAGCUAACCUGUCACAAAGUGACAGGGUGAGCUUUUGUGAUCGCUUUUCGUCCGUCGUCCGUCCGCAAACUUUUGCUUCAAAUGACAUCUCCUCAUAAACCACUAAGCCAAUUUCAUCCAAACUUCACAGGAAUGUUCCUUUGGUGUUCAAAGAAUUUAAUUCCAUGCAGAACUCUGGUUGCCAUGGCAACCGAAAGAAAACUUUAAAUAAUUUCUUUUAAAGAACCAAAAGAGCUAGAGCUAAGAUAUUUAGCAUGAAACAUCUUCUAGUGAGUGUCUACCAAGUUUGUUCAAAUAAAAGCCCUGGGGUCAAAAUUGGCCCCGCACAAGGGGGGUCAUUGAUUUUCCCUAUAUGCAUAUAGUAAAAACUUAAAAAAUUUUCUUUUAAAGAACUGAAAGAGCUAGAGCUUAGAUAUUUAGCAUGAAACAUGUUCUAAUGGGUGUCUACUAAGUUUGUUCAAAUAAAAGCCCUGGGGUCAAAUUUGGCCCUGCCCCGGGGGUCAUUGAUUUUCCUUAUAUGUGUAUAGCAAAAACUUAAAAAACCUCUUUGAAAAAAUCCCAAAUAGCUAGAGUUUAGAUAUUAAGCAUGAAACAUCUUCUAGUGAGUGUCUACAAAGUUUGUUCAAAUUAAAGCCCUGGGGUCAAAAUUGGCCCCGUCCCAGGGGUCAUUGAUUUCCUUAUAUGUGUUUAGCAAAAACUGAAAAAAUGUUCUUUGAAAAAACCCAAAUAGCUAGAGUUAGAUAUUAAGCAUGAAACAUCUUCUAAUACGUGUCUACAAAGUUUGUUCAAAUAAAAGCCCUUGGGUCAAAACUGGCCCCGCCCCAGGGGUGUCAUUGUUUUUAACUAUAUGUGUAUAGUAAAAACUUAAAAAACUUCUUUUAAAAAACCCAAUGAGCUAGAGCUUAGAUGUUUAGCAUGAAACAUCUUCUUAUUGGUGUCUACCAAGUUUGUUCAAAUAAAAGCCCUUGGGUUAAAAUUAACUCUGCCGGGUGGGGGAAGAAGGUCAUUGUUUUUCCUUAUAUGUGUAUAGCAAAAACUUAACAUCAUGAAACAUCUUCUAAUGGGUGACUUAAUUCCAAGUUUGUUCAAAUAAAAGCCCUGGGGUUUAAACUGGCACCGCUUCGGGGGCCUAUAUACAGGUGAGCGACCUCAGGGCCAUCAUGGCCCUCUUGUUUUCUAAGUGGUAAUAAAUACAAGUUUUUAAAGGUUCUCUUGUUUUGAGAUUUUUUUUAAAAAAUGUUGAGAAAAAAAGAAUACUCAAGUUUGAAAGUAUGUUAUUUUAGAUAGCUAAUGAAUAUUGUAUUUUUGAAUAAUUACUCUAUAAUGUAUAUUUAUCCAAGAACAAUAAGUUAACCAAGACAUUGUUUUUAUGUAAAAAAAAAAUCAGGAAGACUAACCUUGUUACAUACCUCAUGGCUGGUCGAUUAUAGCAAAUAUAUUUAUUUUGAACAUCUCCACAUAUUGUCAAAACAGUCCAUUUUAGAUUGCAAUUAUACAUAAGUUACAUAUAUAUUCUUCCUGAUAUUGAAACUUAUGUUGCAUGAAAUUUUUAUGCAGUUUCAAUUUAGGUUUUGAUCAGUUUUAGGCUUUUUUGUCAUCUAUGGUGGUCUGACCCGUGGUGUUGCUUAAAGUUUAUAACCCAAUUUUAUAAAAAAAAUCAGCUUUCCUCUUUUGGCACCAUAUGACCCCAAAUGUGUAGGUUUGCCCUCAAACCAACCAAACAAAAUUCAUCUGCAAAGAACUAUUUUAUGUAGACCUUGUAACUCUUUAAGAAUACUCUUGGUCAUGUGUAUUACUACUCAUUACUGUUUUGAUAUGGUUUGCUUGUUUCACUAAUUCAUAAAUUGUACAUAUAUGUAAGAAUAUUAAAAAACUCAUUUUGUUGUAAAUGUACAUUGUUAUAUCAUAGUUUUUGUAAAAAUGCUUAUUCAAUGAAAGACAUUACUUUUCUUGUACAAAGUCAUAUAUGUAUGGAACUAGUUUCUUUCAUUUUAAGAAAAUAUCAUUGGUUGAAUAAAUUUUCAAUUUAUUAUUUCAAUAAUAGAUUAAAUUUACACUGUAUAACCUUCUCUUUAAUGUGGGUACCAGAUAUUUUUACCCAGAAUUUAAUGUCUUUGUAAUUUACAGCUCAGCUUAAAAUUAUUUGUUGUCAACUUGUCUGUUUGCUUAAUUUCUUGAUGCGAAAAGUUGGCUAUGACUAGAACAGUUUGUAUCGUGUCAGGAAACAGGAAUACUGACCAGCUUGAAACCCAUAGGAAUGACUGAAAACUUGCUAAUGAUAUAAAUAAAUGAAACUAGAAAAUAUUUCAUAAUAUAUUGUACAUUUUUUUUUCAUAUGAUGCAAGUAUGAAAUUCAGUCAUCUUAGACAAUGUUAUAACAUUAUGUACAGAUUUGGUUUAAUCUUGUGUAAGCAUUUUCUACAUAUGGGCAUAUUUUUGUGUAAGUCAGAUAAAAUUUUGUUGUUAAGGUAUCAGGUAAUUUAUUUUUCUAGGGAAAACAUUAUAUUAUCAAAAUGGUUUUAAUUUCAUUUUUUUCAUUCACAUCGAAAUUUUUCAUGGCCAGUGACUGUUUGAAUUGUUAAUAGGUGCCAUGUGUAUAAUAUUUUAGCCACGUCACGACAUAACCAACAUAGUGCAUUUGCGACCAGCAUGGAUCCUGACCAGCCUGUGCAUCCGCGCAGUCUGAUCGGGAUCCAUGCUGUUCGCUUUCAGUUUAUCUACUUGUAAAAGGGUUUGAAGGCAAUCAGCAUGGAUCCUGAUCAGACUGCGCGGAUGCGCAGGCUGGUCUGGAUCCAUCCUGGUUGCAAACGCACUAUGUUGGUUUUGUCGUGACACGGCUCAUUUUUCCAUAAUAACAUCAUCAUUUUGCAAGAGAUUUUCUCGCAGUUUGCCAUUGAACAUGUUAAGGUAUUUAACAGAUGUAAUUUCUUCCAUUUUUCAUUCAUAUAUUCAUAUUGUUUUGCAAGUAACUUUUCUACAGAAACUAUU